AUGGCGCAGUUUGAUGCAUCGUUGAAAACAAUCCUCCUCAAUAUUUUGGGACCCCUCCUUGUCCUGAUGCUUUUGUUUCUACUUCUAAGGAAACCUCUGCAGAGUUUGAAAAGAAGGUUUUUUGCAUAUUUUAUUAAUCGGAUGACAGCAGGCGUUAAUAAGAAGCUAGGGAAUGACAAAGAGGAACUGUUUGGACCCCUCGUGGCAAUCAAAGGGUCAUUGAAAGACCGUAAAAAUCUGACGCUAUUGGAAAUCGGGGCUGGAGGAGGAGCGAAUUUUAAGUAUUACCCCCGAGGGACAAAUAUUGUCUGCGUGGACCCUAACCCACAUUUUGAGUCCUAUUUAAAAAGCAACAGUUCUGAGUUCCCACAUGUGAAGCUGAGAGAAUUCAUCGUUGCUAAAGGCGAGGAUAUGUCCGAAGUUCCGGACAGUUUCUGUGACGCGGCCGUGUGCACGCUUGUCCUGUGCAGUGUGGAAGACACUGACCAGUUGCUGAAGGAGGUGAAGCGAGUCUUAAAACCAGGUGGGAUGUUCUUCUUCCUGGAGCAUGUAGCAGCUCAACCCUCAACCUGGUCAUAUUGUUUGCAGUGUUUCCUGACCCCUGUCUUUAAAAUUAUCGCGGAAGGCUGCCACUUGAACAGGGAGACAUGGCGUAACAUCGAGCAGGCAGGAUUUGCUAAUCUGGAAUACCGCAGAUACACUACGUCCUCGUGGAUGCCCCCACUUUGGCAUUUGAUGAGUGGAAAUGCCACAAAGUGAUUGCUUCAUUAAGGACAGUGUCCAGCAGAGCCAUCCUUAACUUUCAAAAUGUCAAAUCUGCAUAAAUUAGGUUAAAAGAGGUCCAUUUCACAAAGCAGUUAAUAGGCCUUGAUAUGGACUCAAUCAAUUUGUGGCAUGUUUUAACACCCACGCUCAGGUUUGCCUUAAAGUCAUUCAGUAUGUGAGGCAGCAGCUUACAAGAAUUAUGAGAAAAACAAACCAAUCUUCACAGUGUAUCACCUACCCAUUCCCCCAUAAAACAUUACUUAAGUCUAUUCAAGGCCAGCAUUUCCCUCAUUUUGCUGAAGAAGUAUAUCUGGGCACAGUGAUAAUAUGUCAUUAAGGGAGAGACGUUGGGACAGUGAUGGUAUUGUCAUGAGCCUUGGGACAGUGAUGGUAUUGUCAUGAGCCUUGGGACAGUGAUGGUAUUGUCAUGAGCCUUGGGACAGUGAUGGUAUUGUCAUGAGCCUUGGGACAGUGAAGGCAUUGUCAUGAGCCUUGGGACAGUGAUGGUAUUGUCAUGAGCCUUGGGACAGUGAUGGUAUUGUCAUG